GGGUGGAAAAAGUGGAGAUCCGCAGCAGACUGACCGUGAAAGCAGGCGUGAACCACUUUUUAGCACCUCACAUUGCCUAUUGUGGGAGCACCCCACCGGAGUGAUCGAUCCCUGCAACCUGUGCGCAUGGCACGCAUUGGACCGAUAUUGAGUCGAAGGCGGUGUUGUGGCUAUACGGUGACGUCUUAAGGCAGGUCCUGGUCAAACCUACCAAUGGUACUAGUCGGUCCUACUCUGCUGGGACUGAUCGCAAUGAAUGGGUUUCGGAGCUCUGCACGGCAAAGGAGCACCCACAGCGCGACGAGGCGGAUAAGGGGAUGCGGCAUCGGAACGCGGGAGCGGUCCAUCAGCACCACACACCAGACGAAGAGCGAGGGAACAACGAGCAGAGCCGAGAGCAAGUCGCGCCCGUUUUUAGUCUGCCGCCCCCGCCCUCUUCUCACCACAGAGUCCGCACUCCAACCACCGCCGCUCAGCGCCAGAGCCUCCAGGAGCUCCCGUGUGUGAGCCAGCCCCCUCGGAGACCGGUUCACAGCGGCGACCCGCUGCCGCUGGCGAGCUGCGACAGCAGCCGGCGACCUUCACAGCGAGGCGGCGAACACAGCGCCGGUAAGCCGGUGCACCUGCGGCAGGAUCCCAUUCCCUGGGCCCCGGACGGCUCGCAGCAACCGCCGCCGCUGCAGUCAGAGAGGGAGGCUGCUUUUCCAAGCUGCCACUGCAGUUUCUCGGAACAAGAAGCGAGCCUUCCUCCAAAUCAAUCCCAUCCUGUAGACUCUCUCCCCCCGCAGCCCUCCCCGCCUUUCCCACCACUUCUGCCGCCGCCACCAAUAUCUUCCUCCUCCUCUCUGCUCUUUUCCCGAAGAUCUGGAAGGGGGGAUCAUUUCCGAAGGAGCGCCAAUAAUUACCAACAGGCGAACACCGUGGAACGCUGCAGGGGAGGAGGAGGAGCAGGAGGGCACCAAGACCACAGGCAGUUGUUGCAGCCACAGCAGCAGCAGCACUGUCAUUUAGGACUCCAACAGAGGGACCCCUCCCCUGAAGGAAGCCGUGCAAACUCACAAAAAGGGCACUCUUUAGAUGCACGCGAGUCAAACGAGGCUAAGAAAGCGUUCGAGUGUCAGAUUCAGGAUCUGCAGCAGCAACAGAUCCCACAAUUGCGAGCGCAGCAGCAGCUACUGGUGGGAAGCAGCCUGCCCGUCAACUACUGCGCAAGCGGCUCCGGAGAGCUAUGUAGAACUCACCGGGCUCCUCUGCUGCAACAGCAGGAGCGGCAGCAGCUGCUGCAGCAUCGGCAGCAGCAGCGGCUGCAGCAUCAGCAGCAGCAGCAAGGCGCGCCGGGGCUCCGUCCCCAGCCUUCGCAGCAGCAGCACUGUGAUAGAGAACGCAAUAAGUGUGGACGGAUCGCCGCGGAGGGCGGUCAGGCGCAGUCACACAGCCGCGUAACCCCCCCUGCAACACCGCACGCAUACGCGGAGAACUCGUCUGCUUCUGGCAGCCACAGCAGCAAAGACAGCCCCAACUACGGCUCCAGCUAUCACCUGUGGCCCGAGAGCCCGCAUAAAGGAGAGGACAGGAUCCGCAUCGACCUCCAUAAGACCUCAACUGAGCAGAAGAAGCUGAGCCAUGCUGGAUCCAAGCCCUCCCUCUCUGAGAGCAGUGGCCGACUCCCUCAGAUAGCCAUGAACACCUGCAAGUACAAUGGCGGAGUGGUAAGACCACUAGUAGGCAGCCUGGCGUCCUCGUCGCGCCGAAACCUUGCGGAGCUCGACUCGGAAACGCAACCCUUGCAGACGCUGCACAGCUCUGGCUUGGAGGUGGUGGUGUCCAAGGGCAACGGCGGAGAGGACCCCAGUAAGGCGUCCAACGAGAGCCUGGUAAGGGAGGGUAGCGGGCGAAGCGGCGGCAGGGCUCCACAGAAGAAGAACAAGGACAUUGGCUACAAGCUCGGUCACCGGAGGGCGCUGUUCGAGAAGCGAAAGCGACUCAGUGACUACGCUCUCAUCUUCGGGAUGUUUGGGAUUGUUGUCAUGGUGACGGAGACAGAACUUUCAUGGGGGGUUUACACUAAGGAAUCCUCGUACUCAUUUGCACUGAAAUGCCUUAUCAGCCUUUCCACUGUUAUUUUGCUUGGUCUUAUAAUAAUGUACCACGCCCGAGAAAUCCAGCUGUUCAUGGUCGACAAUGGAGCAGAUGAUUGGAGGAUAGCCAUGACAUAUGAGCGAAUCUUCUUCAUUGUGCUGGAGCUUCUGGUGUGUGCCAUUCACCCCAUCCCAGGCCAGUACGUCUUCACUUGGACGGCGCGACUGGCCUUUACCUACACACCGUCUGUGGCUGACGCCGACGUGGACAUCAUCCUCUCUAUACCCAUGUUCCUGAGACUCUACCUGAUUGGCAGGGUCAUGUUACUCCACAGCAAGCUGUUCACGGACGCCUCGUCCCGCAGUAUCGGCGCCCUCAACAAGAUCAACUUCAACACGCGCUUUGUCAUGAAAACCCUCAUGACCAUCUGUCCGGGAACAGUGUUGCUGGUGUUCAGUAUAUCCUCCUGGAUCAUUGCUGCAUGGACUGUGCGUGUCUGUGAGAGGUAUCAUGACAAACAGGAAGUGACCAGUAACUUCCUGGGAGCCAUGUGGCUCAUCUCGAUCACCUUCCUUUCUAUUGGCUACGGUGACAUGGUACCACACACAUAUUGUGGGAAAGGCGUGUGUCUUCUUACAGGAAUCAUGGGAGCAGGUUGCACUGCACUGGUGGUAGCAGUGGUUGCCAGGAAGCUGGAGCUGACCAAGGCUGAGAAGCAUGUCCACAACUUCAUGAUGGACACACAACUCUGCAAACGAGUAAAGAACACAGCUGCCAAUGUACUCAGGGAAACAUGGCUCAUUUACAAACACACCAAGCUGGUGAAGAAGAUCGAUCACGCCAAGGUGCGGAAACACCAGCGCAAGUUUCUCCAAGCCAUCCACCAAGCUCAGAAACUGCGCAGCGUGAAGAUGGAGCAGAGAAAACUCAAUGAUCAGGCCAACACCUUGGUGGACCUUGCAAAGACCCAGAAUGUGAUGUAUGACCUGGUGUCGGAGCUGCAGGAGCGCAGCGAGGAGCUGGACAAGCGGAUCGGGACACUGGAGGACAAGCUGGACUCGGUGGCGGGCAGCUUGCAGGCACUGCCCUGCCUCAUCUCCCAAGCCAUAACCCAGCAGCAGCAGGACUUCCUGGACGGCUUUGUUCACCGCUUCCGGCCUGCCUCGCUAGCAUCGGAGCGCUCUGAACGCUCAGACAGAUCUUGGACUUCCACCACCCGUAGGCGGCGCUCUCCCUCCACAGCACCACACACGUCUUCUGACAGUGGAUAACCUUGAGGAACCCUGUAUUAGUCCGCCCUAUCAGACAGCACCUUUUUUCCAAACACCCUCCCUCACCACAUCCUGGCCUAUCCAAAGCCAUCCCCGUAUCCACUGCGAGUCCAUGUCUGGACUAAUAAUUGACCAUAUCUUGACCCCGUGACCUGAUUCUCACCUCUAUUCUCUCUCUUCCUCUUCCUCUGUCUCUUUCUCACUCUUUCUCUUUCUCCCUCUCAGUCUCUUUCUCUCUCUCUUGCCCAGUCUCUGCCUUUUUUCCAUUCUCCCACGUCAACUGAAAAAAAAAGAAAAAAAAAAAAAAAGAAUCCAAAACCUCUAAAAUCCAGUUUUUCUGUGACUGAGCCUGUCAGCACACAGAAUUCUGGAUUAGAGUUACUCCAAAAGAACAAGAAAAGGCAAACAAAUAAUGGGGAAAACACAAAAUGCAUCCAAAAAUGUCAAAGAGAAAAAAAAAAAGAUUAAAAAAUGACAGAGAUAAUGUAGAGGUAUGGUUUAUGUUUUAGCCAUUGUAUGGCUGUUCCUGUUAGCUUUUUUGUAAAAGCCCUUGUAUAGUUAAAAAAAUGACUGAGUUCAGGGUCGAUGGAGUGAGAGCUGGCUAUCACACCGGAGAGUCCUUAACCACACGGGGUGGAGGGGAUAUUGGUCUGUGGAGCAGAGGUCCUCGGAUCACCUGCUGGCCCUCUGGGGCCAUGAAGGACAUCUGUCCACCCAUCUGUCCGUUUCUCUGUUUGUCCAAGGAGAGGAUCCAGAUAAACCAUUUGAUUUCCUUCACAAAAAGACAGGCGUCAUGGAUUCUUUUUCACAGCUUAGGGUGAAAGCUUUAGGAGAAACCACGAAAGCUCUGACUCCAGGUCAGUGUCUGGAAAUGCACUUCAAGAGGAGGAGAAAUGGUCGCAUGAAAAGAGGAUGGACAUGGCAUUACUCCAAGGUAGGGGAAAUGUACUCGUUUGCCAACUUCAAGGUAUCAGCUUCCUUGUUCUUACCAAGGAAGAAAAAAAAAAGAGAGCAACUAUCUUUUUUAGUUACAUAUUGACAUGUGAUUUUUCAGUGCCUGAAUGUAUAAAUAGUAGAGGGUUAUUUAAUUACUAAUUUCAAAGCUUUUUUACAAUGUUAACAGUCUGAAUACAGCAUUGCAUUCCUUUUUCAGAUACAUUCCUCUCCAAAAAUGUAAAGAAACUGUCUUAAUGUAAUGCAUAUCAUUGCCUCCAUUACACCGCAACUCCAAACAUCUUUAUUUGAUUCCUGUUUCUACUAACAGAAACAAAUGAAAAGUUCAGAGAUGAACAUAGAGAAUAUUUGUUACUAUUUGUGACUUCCGGCUCAGUGCUGUACACCACAAUGAAACAUGAUGUAUUCUACCUUUCUCACCAGUUAAUUAGAGCUUCCUGUGGUCUUGGGAAAUUGGCAUGGCUUGAAUGGCGCUGUUAUACAGCCACACAUCAGUGGAGGAACUGAGAAACCUACCUGGCUCCUUUGCAUGGUUUUGUUGCAAAAUAACGAGAGAUCACAAUCUUCCUGGCUUGAUUAUUUUACAAUGGUUUUUGAUUUUAUUAUCAUACUUCUGUUUGUUUGUUUGUUUGUUUCUAUCCUUUUUUAAAUACAUUUUUACUUUUUUAACUAGGAUAUUUAGCAUUUUAGAUUUGCCAAUCUUAGAGAGUUGCGGUAAUGUUAAUUCUGUAAUGCAUUCCCUGUUUAAAAUAUGAGGUGAGGGUUAAAAAGUCACUAUUACAAAAAAUAUUGAAAGGAUCCAAAUAAAAGUGUUGAAGAAACUUAGAACAGUGAGCCGAUCUGUCUUUAAAUGGGAAACACUUCCGUUCCACCCAGCUUUCUUGCUGACUGUUUGACUGUUAUCACUCCUAUGUCUGAGCUAUAAAUAUGAAAUAAAAUUUAUAUUAGAUAAAUUGGUUGGAUUAUGAAAACUAGGCCACUAAAUGCCAGUUUUGCAACAUACAACAAAAAAAGUUUACUUAUUUCUUUUCACAGAAUUUGAAAAACAACAGUGAAUUUAUGUGCUAUUUUUCUCUACUGUGAAACUAUUCCUACAUGAUGGUUCAUCUUCCAGAUCUAGAUAGGAGGAAGGCCCAAUAAAAUGAUAAAACUGAGAGCUCCAGUGAACCUGUGGUGUAUAUGAUGCAUAAUUGUAUAUAUAAACUGUGGCUUCUGGAAAACAGGGACAUCCCACGGAGCAAAAGCUGUCGCUUUGGUGUCCAGAUGAGGCAAAGCUCCACCAAACGUUAAAGGGUUCAUCUGGAUUUUUUGAAGAGCAGUUCUGCAAAUGUAUUAUUAUUAAUAAAAGUUCCAUUUUCUGCAGUCGAAAGGUGUUAAUCACUGAGAGCUUACUGUAAAAGUAAAGAUAUCCUUGGAGUCCAGAUCAUCCCCAUCAUGUUUUAGUGGACUUUAACAAGUUUUAGCAAACUUGAGCAACUAAAACUCAUGUUUGUCUUUAAAGUCUGGAGUUGAUUGCCAUGGAGGUGAGUCUAUGGCAGGCCAUUUUAACAUAAAAUCUGUUUAAUCUAUCUAUAAUUAUGGCAGGCCAUUUUAACAUAAAAUCUGUUUAAUCUAUCUAUAAUUAUGUUCCAGGGAUCUAAGAGUGAGCUUUGACUAGAGACAGAUACAUUUCGACUCUCCUGAAUGAUAAUUUAAGAUAUUUGUAUUUCUGUUAUGACUAAAAAGAAGAAUUCAAGACGUCUUCAGUUACAUUUCGAUGGAUCAUUAUACCUUUCAAGAUAUCUCAAGUGAUGUUGCCAGAUUCGUCAUCAUCCAUAACACGUACAUCCAUAAUUACAAUUCAAGAAGAUUGUAAUUAAAGUUACUGGACAAGAUAACUAUUUUGCCUAGUAGAAAUAUAGAGAAAUUUUAAUUUACUAAUAUGUCUAGCCAUAAACCUACCUCAGAUAUCUCUUGUGAAGUUGAUUUUAUAUUAAAACAGCCUGCCAAAGAGAAUAAUUUUCAGUCUUUUCAGUGAAGAAGAGCACCUGUUGGCCAUUGUGUAAAUUAGACUCAAAACUGCCCCCUAUAAAUAUAGGAGGCAGUACCAUCAACAUGGUACUUUCAGCCUCAUCAAUGGAUAUUUACUGCUUAUUGAUGUCUUCUUAUUGUUGGGAUCUGCCUCUCCUGAUAGUAAGUCACUGAGUCUCACUGAUAAGAACUUUGCAGAACUUCUCUUCAAAUAAAUCUAAGUUGAUUCUGACUCUAUCUUGAAGUUUUAGUGGAACCUUUGUUGUUUUUGUCCAAGACUGGGCCGUAAUCAAUUAUUUUUCUUUUAUUAACAGAACAUCACUUUUCAUCCUACCUUUAUGUGCUUCUUUGUGUUAAUCUAUUGCAUAUUCUUCCAAAGGAAUGUUGCCAUGCUCAUGUCUUAAAUUGUGAAAAACUUCAUGCAGUAUGAAUGCCUUUGAAAGGCAUCGUCUCUUACAAAAUUAAAAUUUCCAACAAACCCAAUACCUGUAAAACUUUAAGCACAUAAUAUAAUGCAUAAUUUCAAUACACAAUGUAUUUAAUUUUCAAACUGAACACCUUCUAUUAUUUUGAAUUUGGAAAAUGUUUUUAGUUCAAAGUUGAAGAAAUAUUGAUAAAACAUGCUUGCAUUUUCACACUAUCCUGACAGAUAAAUACAACAGCAUUUUAGCUUAAGUGUCAGGGAAAUAAUGACUUGAACAACAUGUCUUAUUGAUAUCAUGUGGAGAAAAGUUUGCUUAUUUAAAAAAAAAAGCAUAGCUGACUCUGCCUUGAUAACAAGAUAGCUCCUUUUCAAACAAUUAUUGAUUUCUUAAUUAUUAAUUGUUUGUCCUUUUCAAACAAUUAUUAAAUGAACUCACCUCUUAAAUAUAUGUAAUUCCUAUGACAAAGACUUUUAUUAAAUUGUUUGAAAAGGAGAGAAAAAGUAAUACAGUUACUGAUGAAGAUUUGUAGUUUCAGAAGAUUUUGUGAUGCCAACUUAUUCUCACCAUUCUCCACUAAAUUUAUUCUUCUCUUAGAUGUCCAAAAUUCACUUUAGAUGUCUAUUAAAGUUUUAGUCCAAUUAUAGCCAAAACAUCUGUCAAGAAUUUAGGAGCAGUUUAGAUUAAUUCCAUUUCACCAUCAUAUUCCAGAUUGCUAAGAUAACAGAGGCAUGAGGGAAACCCAAAACUCUCCUUAAUCAUUGGCUGACUUAUGUCAGAAUGUAUGUAAAUAUUCCCUCUGGUUCUUCUUCCAUUGGGAAUGCUCAGCAGACCUUCAAAAUGAGGCUGCUAGGAGGUAUCUCUUCCAAAACACUUCAGUCUCUUCAAGCUCUUUCAGUGUAGAGGAGCAGCAGCUCCAUUUACAUCGGUCUCCAAAUGAUGAAGCUUCUCUCAGUGCCUCUGAGCUUAAGAAGCUUCAGUUUUGUCUCUUUCUGUUGGCUUCUUCAGAUCAACACCUUCAACUGGCUUCAGAGUCUGAGGCCAAGGAAAAAGUUGGACUUCUCCCUCUGAGUUGGGGUGUAAGUCUUUGCCUGUUCCGAUAGUCUGGUAGACUCUUUGGUUGGGGACCAAAGGUGCAACAUUUGUUACAUUUCCAACUGCUGUGUUUCUCUUUCAGAUUUUGUCAUUCCAAAUAAAUCCUUUGAGCAACCUGACUCUGAGAGAAACUUCCUUCUUUGUAGAAUGUAAACAAAAAUGGAAUGGGAUCAGAGUUUAGUGGUUGUAGGAUUUUUCUUUUUUGUCUUUGGCUAAAGACCUCAAACCAUUUCUCCCUCAAAUCUAGACUCACACUCUUGUUUUGGUCGUAUUUGCCCAGAAUGCCCUGCCCUAUAGUCUGCUUCCUGCUUUUGGAGCGGUCAGAGAGGUCACUUCAACUGAACUGAGACCCAGGUUUGCAGAUGGACCAGAGUUCACUUUUUUUGGUCCAUAUCAGAGUUUGAUAGCACAUUUAUAUCUUCCCAAACAAACACCACUUCCUAGGCAAAUGAACUAGAGUUUGAUAUAAAAAAAAAAAAACAGACUACAUGGGGCUGGUGUGAUUGCACCCUAAGUUUCUUGGGGUCUUGAUCACAAAUGAUGGUAGGACGGAAUGGGAGAUGAACAGAUGGAUUAGAGCUUCAUCUGCGGAAAGAGCCUAGUUUAAAAAGCAAAGCUUGGCUUUACUGUUCUCCCUUAGAGAAAAGGUGAGGAGUUCUAUUAUUCUGAGUUGUUGAAUGUAGAGCUGCUGCUUUUCUACUUCUGAUGGUGGUCAGUGUACAUGGUCCUAAAAUCUGAUGAGGAUGCCUCCUGGUUGCUUCCCUAUGGGUUCUUUGCACGUACAGCGUUAACGUCACAUCCGCAUGAGCAAAUGCAGCUUUCUUGAAUCCACUUUGAGUUUCCAUGACAGCUAGAACAGACAAAGUCGUAUUUCAGAUGCAAAUAAAGCAAUACUAUGAACAUUAUUGUCUUCCUACUAUAAUGGGCUUUUAAGUUUUCAUGGAUAUUGAAUCGAUCCUGAAUUAAGAAGAUGGUGAGUUUUAAAUAUUCGUUGGUACCAGUUAAAGCUAACGCCACACAGCAAAGUUUGCAGCCUUCAGUUCACUUCGGAUCAGCUUCUUCAGCAUAAAGAAGAAGGUAAAUAAAGGAGCCAUCCCUGUGUUAUUUCCAUGGAAUCACUUCUGUAAUUAGCCUGAAAGAGCAAGUGUAUGGGAAUGAGUGAGCAGAUCAGAACCAGACAGCCGAGCAACUGAUCCGCCUGUAAACACUGCAGUAAACACCAUCUUAUUUGAGCUCUUCACAAGAAGCAUGCAAAGGUAAUAAAACAAAAUCACACAUAGACCUUAAGGAACACAGUCAUAGUUUUCUAAAAGCAACUUGAACUGUCAGCUGAACUCGAACUCUGAUAUCAAUGCUGCCCUACUUUUAAGCUAUGGGGCUUGUUGUGCUUCCUUAUGAUUCGGAAGCAAAAUGCCCAAAACGUAAUCUCCCCCGUUACUUGGUCUCUGUUUGACACUAACGACAAUAAACACACAUAAUACACUUGAAAAUAAGUACAAAAUAAGGUAACAACAUUGUCCAUUAGAAUGGAUUAAAAUGUUUAGGUACUUAAAUAGCACAUUUUUAUGAUAAAAAUGUCUGAGAAUAUUGCCUACUAGCAUAACCUAAAGUUAAUAUUAGCCGCAAAGUUUAAAGAAAGUAGAACUCACCUUCGUAUCUGUGAAUGUAUGACAUAGCGUACAUCUUAAAACCUUUCUUCAGCUUACUUGUUAGACCUUCGGAUCAAUGUGCAUCAUUUAUUGUUACCUUGGGCGAGCCCUGCAAGCACCUUGUAUAAAAUACCAUAUUCUAUAGACCGGAAACGAUCGAGCCGCUUUUCCCCGAACGUGGAAGCUGACGUGCAAAGAGCCCAUUAAGCUUUUCCAGGCAUUUUCCACUGGAAGAAGACCUUAAGGAAGACUGGAAACUUGCUGGUGGGACUAAGUAUCCCAUCUGGCCAAGGAACACCAUGGAAUCUCCAUAAGGUGUCGUUGAGGAGAGGAGAUGUCUGGAGGAGAUCGCCUCCUGCGGUCUGAUCUCACAGCAUUUUUAUGGCUAUUUCUGUUUGAUCAGUCAACCUUAUUGAGUUAAAACAUUUAGAAGAACAUUUCACUCUUUUAGUUCACUUCUCAUAUUCAUAUUUAGCUCAAACAGGAAUCUUAAAAAUCCUUUGAACAUCCGACUACUGUACUGACACUCCAACCGAUUUACACAUCAAAAGGCAUCUUCAAGUAGAUUUUUUUUUUCACUUUUCAUUGUCGAUCAUAUUCAUAUAUUGACAAUAAAAAGAACAUUGUUUUGAUUUUAGUUUUUUUUUUUUUGUCUUCUUGGUGGGGAGUUCUGUCUUUACCAUAAUAGACUAAAGAAACGUCCCUAUUACUGCAAGCAAAGCCCCUGGUGUGUGGGGGUGAGGAGGGCAUCAGUCAUAUUUUUAUCCAUAAAAAGCUCAGUAGAGUGUAAUUUGUAAUUUGUACAUCUGGCAAUCAACUGAUGAUUUUCUAAAACUCAAUCUAAAGCAAGUCUCUAUUUAAUAUAAUGCACAUUGUUUAUGCCACCCUUGAAUGUAAAAAUGACUUACUGUGGUCACAUGCAAUGUUACAACAACUCUCUAAUUAGGCUGCUAAGCUAACUAGUAGAAGCUGGGGAUAGGUUAACUGUACAGACCUGUCACUUGGUAACUCUCAGUGGGAAAGCAAAUAUAUGGACCAGUUCUUUAAGCAUUAAUGGCUGCAGAUGUCAUCCUUUUAAUGGCCAAAAUAAUGGCUGAUGCUAGCAUACCAGCAUCUUGUUUGAACAAAAAUUGAUGGUAACAUUAAAAAAACGACUUUGUUUACCAAUGAAUCUCCCACCAUUUGUUAAAUGAUUCCAAGUCAAAUCAAGUGAAACAGUGAAAACGGCAAAUCUCCUUCAGCCUUGACUGACCAGAGAGCACUUCAUUUUGAGUCAAACUUGAGUUUUUUGAGUGGAACUUAAUCAAGCAAGACUGUCUGGGUUUUUUCCCUUUCAACUUGAGUUAAUGAACAAUGACACUUUACUGUUGCCUCUUUCUGUACAUCACUUAUCUUUAUCCCAAUGCUGAAAAUAUUGAGCAGAGCAUUGAUUGAAGGUGAAUAAUGGAAGGAUAUCUGUCAUGAAGGGGGGACUCAGAUUUCUACAAUCCUAUAGAAUCAUGACUUGUGUUUUACAGAUAUAUAAGUACUGUAAGACGGAUGGAUUGUAAACCCUGGAGAAAAGGAAAAGUUGAGUGGACCCAUUGAACAUUUACUGACAGAUAUUAUUUUUGGCUCAAAUUAGCAAUUUAGAGUGAAAAUGGGUGUUCUGCAAAUUUGACAUCAUUGUAGAUGUUAACAGCUGAACAGGUAAAAGAGGAAGUGUCUGAGGAAAAGUAGUUGGGUCCAAUUAAUGCACUGAAAAAGGCUAACCAUGUAAAUCCACUUACUAACAAAUACGGUUCAGCACCAAAGUAAAGCCAGAAGGAAUGUUCUGAUAUGACACAAUGGUAACACUUUAUUUGAAGGGGUGUGCAUAAGACUGACAUAGCAUCUGUCAUGAACAUGAAGGAGUCCUCAUCAAUAUUUAUGAUUGUUGUCAAGAAUUGUCAUUUGGUAAAUAAUGACAAUUUUAAUGCACUUUUAACGCCACUUUUAGUUCAGCUUAGCAUUAAAAGUGUCAUUAUUUACCAAAUGACAAUUCAUGACAACAUUCAUGAAGACUCCUCCAUGUUCAUGACAGUUGUUAUAACAUGUCUAUGACAGUGUGAUUUCAGUCUUAUGCACACCCUUUAAAAUAAAGUGUUACCGGCAAAACUUGGUACAGAAGCGACCACUGAUAGGAAUGGAUAUGGACUGCUUUGCAAAAAGAUGGUGGGUCUAGAGCUAGUAUCAGAACUAAAGUGAUAUCUUAUGGACAGAAAUGAAUAAUGCUGAAUGAUAUAUGUUGCAUGCUGGGUUUGAACUAGGCGAGGUGGUAAUAUCAGCCGCUCAACAUAUAUCUUGUCUUUCCACAUGGUUUUGCAAAGAGUAAUGACUGAUUUGGGUCCCAUUUGAAGUGAUGUCCAAAACAGAAUGUUCCUUCUGGAUACUAAACACGGUAGCUCUACCAUGUAAAUGUUUUUGAAUGAUUUAAAAUGAAGACCAACAAGAUAAUAUUUGUUUCAUUUUAAGUUUGGAAGCUAGGAGGAAACAUCCUCUUAUGAAAUACUUCAUUUUGUUCUUACACACAAAAAUGAAUACCUGCGGAAACACCAGUGCCAAUUUGUCACUUCUCAAGAAGGAAGUUAUAACUUUUUUUCAAAUGAAAGGAAUUUGUGAUGUUAUUCUUACAACUGUAGAUGAGUGAAGGUGAAAGCAUGGCAGACUCUUUCAUUAUCCUGACCAGUUGCAGACGGGGCAUCAGUACAUACCUCAGCUGAAUAAUAACACAUCCCAGCAGCAGUAAAACUGUAACCCAGUCAUUGUUCUGUGUACACUGCCACAUGAUGCAUAAUGUACAUUGUAGCACUGGAAUAAAUCAACUCUUUUCUGGAUGGCAAACGGAAUAGCCACGUUUCCAGUAUAUUCUUCACUGUUUUGUUUUGUUUUGUUUUUUGUUUUUUUUGCAGGUGAACUUUUGUCUCAGUAAGAAGAAAUUCAACCCAUUAAAACCAUUUUCAGUAAUGACUAUAACCCUGUUUUCUUUGCUGCUAAACAUGAGCCUUUUCUUUAAAACAAUCAUUUCAGCAUUAUUUCACAUUCCCCUUCCCGUGAGGACGGGAAGUUCAGCAGCCUAACACCAACUGUCACACUCGAAAGGAUUGCUGGCAAAAU